AUGGAAGGCCCUCAGAACAGCGCGCGCAACACUUCGCUCGACGAGAAGUACUACCUGUUGGUCAACAUCAUAGAGUCUUAUGAUAUCCAGCUCAUCAAGGCGUUCUAUGCGUUCCCUCAGUUCAACAAGAAGUACAGCUUUCGACUUCCGAACGGCACUCAUCAGUUCAAUGCCAACUGGCAAGUGAUGAUGGUGGCAUUCGUCUUCCUUGGAGGUUUCAUCACGAUCACAUUCAACGCACACAGUAUCCCAAUGCUCUUCGGUAGCGAGCUGCUCUACGCAUUAACCUGGGGUAUCUUCGCAGCGGCAGCACUUACUUAUGCCGCAGAAGUCGUUCCUACCUCUCUGAGAGGUUAUAUACACCGCAACAAGUCUGACUGGUCUUUCCGGAUACCAUUCGCUAUCCAGUGGUCCCUAUGGUAUCUCGCACGCAAGGGCCGCAACGAUGAAGCCAAGAAAUCGCUUGAUAGAUUUGUUGCUACCCCAAGGAAUGUCAUCAACACGAAGCAUACAUUUUCGAUGAUUCAUCACACCAUAGAGCUUGAGCGCAGCAUAAAGGUUGGUGGCUCUUACCUCGACUGCUUGAAGGGCACCAAUCUGCGCCGAAUAGAUAUCGCUACGGUCCUCUGGGCCUUCCAGAUCCUAUCCGGUUUUGCCAUCCAGAAGUACACAACCUACUUCUUCACGCUCGCUGGUCUGUCUUCCGAGAACUCAUUCGACAUGUCCAUGGGCACAUUCGGCAUGGCAUUUGUCGGUACCUGUCUGUCAUGGGGCCUCAUAUGCAUGCUGCCCACCAUGUGGAUCGUUGCAGGCCUAGAAUGGGUCCAAGCUGCUAUGCUGAUGAUCUGGUUCUUCAUUUACGCCUUCAGAACGCACAAUCGGUCCCAUACCUACGUCAUCGCCUUCAAAGUCGGCGCAAUUGAACUUCGCUCCAAGACCAUCGCGCCCAGUCGUAACGUAUACUAUAUUCUGUCGAUAGUCAACUCUGGUAUCUCGCCGUACAUGCUCAACCCUAGUAAGUGGGGUCUCAAGGGCAAGGCUGCGUUCUCUGGAGCGGUAUUCACUGUGUGCUUGAUGGUGUGGACGUAUUCCAGGCUACCGGAGACGAAGGGAUUGACACUUGCGACAUUGGAUCACUUGUUCCAUGAGAAGGUUUCGGCGAGGAGGUUUAGGGGGGAGGCGAAGCGGUUCCAGUAG